UCCAGCGCGUUCACGCCCCAAAGAAGCGCGCUCUCGUGCCCCGUCCCCUGUCUCGGUGCCGGAGGCGCAGCUCUGUGUGGAAACUUACUCCUCUCUCUGGCUGUCACUUUACUCCCUCCACACCCCUCCAUCGUCAUGCCUCUCCUCCGCCUGCUGCAGACAUGGGAGUUACCGGCAGCGAGUGGAAACUAGCCGGCUCUGCUGCACCUUCUGUCCGCGCUCAGGACUCCAUCGCCAGCCGUGGACACCCCGCAGCACGAAACUGAGCCUUAUCAGUUUCACCCUUUACAGUGAUUUGUUCCUUUGGUUCCGUGUCAUUUAUGGACUCCGGGAGCUGCGUGUGAGAGUGUCUGCAAUUUCCGUUAACACAGCUGAAGAUGGAGACGGUGAUGGAGAAGGAGUGCAGCGCGCUGGGGGGGCUUUUCCAGACUGUCAUUGGAGACAUGAAGGGCAGUUACCCCAUCUGGGAUGACUUCAUCAGCAAAGCCACCAAACUGCAAACACAACUAAGGACAACGGUUGUCGCAGUCGCCGCUUUCCUGGACGCCUUUCAAAAAGUGGCCGAUCUGGCAACCAACAGUCGAGGAGGGACCAGGGAUAUCGGUUCAUCGCUCACCAGGAUGUGCAUGAGGCAUCGCAGCAUCGAAGCGAAGCUCCGUCAGUUUUCCAUGGUGUUUCUGGACUGCCUGAUUAACCCUCUCCAGGAGCAGAUGGAGGAGUGGAAGAGAGUGGCUAAUACUCUGGACAAAGACCAUGCCAAAGAGUACAAAAAAGCCCGUCAGGAGAUCAAAAAGAGAUCAUCAGACACUUUGAAGCUGCAGAAGAAAGCCAAGAAAGCUGAUUUCUUUGGCCGCGGAGACCUUCAGCCUCAGCUGGACAGCGCCAUGCAGGAUGUCAGCGAUAAGUACCUGCUGCUGGAGGAGACGGAGAAGCAGGCUGUGCGGAGGGCAUUAGUGGAGGAAAGGAGCCGUUUCUGCGUUUUUGUCUCCAUGCUGCGGCCUGUCGUGGAUGAGGAGAUGUCCAUGCUGGGGGAGAUCACCCACCUCCAGACUCUCACAGAUGACUUGAAGACCCUGACCAUGGACCCACACAAGCUGCCAGCCUCCAGUGAGCAGGUAAUUGUAGACCUGAAGAGCUCUGAGUGCACCUGGUCCUACCAAACUCCUCCCUCCUCUCCAAGCACUACCGUAUCCAGGAAGUCCAGCAUGUGCAGCCUGAACAGCGUGAACAGCAGUGACUCUCGCUCCAGUGGCUCACACUGCCAUUCCCCCACCUCCCAUUUCCGUUACCGCGCCUCCUCGUCCUCCUCGGUGAUGCCCCAGCAGACGCCGGCCCGCCUCUCUUCGGUCUCCUCCCAUGACUCCGGCUUCAUCUCGCAGGACGCCUACCACUCCAAAUCCCCUUCACCGAUGCCUCCAGACAGCUUGCAGUCUGUCAAUGAGGAGGCCUCCUCUUCCUCCCCCUCACAUCCUGAGCCCAGCUCCGGGCAACAACAGUUGCUAAACGGCUUUGACCAUCACGCUGCCCUCUGUCUGCACGGAGCGGUGCUGCAGGGCCUGGAAACCCACAUCCACCCUUCAUACCUCACCUAUUCCUCUUCCUCCACCACCACCUCCCCCAUCUCCUCGCCCUCCUAUCAGUAUGUUUCUCCCACCUGGGCGUGGUCUCGUUCGGGUUUCAGCCAAUCGGGAGAGCUCUCGCCUCCCGGCCCAUUGGUGAUUGGAGUGAUCCCCUCAUCCAAAGUCCCAUCCUGGAAGGACUGGGCCAAACCAGGUCCUUACGACCAGCCGAUGGUUAACACUCUGAGGCGGAGCAAGGACAGGAGAGAAACUACAGAUCCCAGCAGCCACCAGGGCUCUGAUGUUACCACACCAGCUGAUGAGUCACAGGGGAUUCAAGGAAACCACACUGUGAUGUCUCCAAAAGGGGACAAGGAGGUCCACGAGGAGCUGGCCAGAGCGCUGGCUCGGGGCCUCCAGCUGGACAUCCAUGGCUCCAGCAGGGACUCACUGCAGGGGUCCAGCGGUUAUAGCAGCCAGACCAACACACCCUGCUGCUCAGAGGACACCAUCCUAUCACAAGUGUCGGACUGUGACUACUACUCAGUCGGUGCUGAUCAGGAGGGCGAGCAUCAGUCAGACUUUGAUAAGUCUUCAACCAUCCCCAGGAACAGUGACAUCACUCAGUCCUACCGCCGCAUGUUUCAGUCCAAGCGCCCAGCUUCCACUGCCGGCCUGCCGUCUAAUCACUCGGCCACCAUCACCCCGGGGGUGGCUACAAUUCGACGGACUCCAUCAUCCAAACCCAACUUGCGCCGACCCUCCGGGGGCCUAAGCUUGGGCCCCAUUCCCAUCAAGCCGCCUAUGAUCCCAGUCAAAACCCCCACUGUGCCUGAACAUCCUGGUUUCUCAAGCAGAGCAGAAGAGGGUAAUACACUACGAUCCCCACUAAGCCCCCCAACCACCCCAUUGUCACCUGGCAGCAGUGGACCGCUGUCACCAAAGUCUGUUGCCUGGGGAAACCAGCAGCUGGACGAAGGAUUGGAUCCUCCUACCCCACCGCUGCAGCCUGGCGGUCGGCUGUCAGAGUGGGAACGCCGGCCUCUCCCUGAACUCCUGGAGGAGACAGAGUACUGCGAGGUGGAGGACUUCCUGGUGGCUAUCAGACAAGGUGUUAAACUCAAGAAGACUACGUCCAAUGACCGGUCAGCUCCAAUUAUUCACUGAGACCACACAUUGUCACUUUCAGAUUAUUCUCUUGAAACGAGUAAACAGCUAUAUUGAGUGGGAGGUAUGACCUGAAAUGGUGCCAAAAUACUUGUAAGUUGCCCUGAGACCGAUUGAGGAUCAGUUUUAGAGUGUAAGGAAUUAACUGCAACAAGAAACUUUGAAAAUUGCCACCUUGGAUGUGUCUGCUUUCCUGCACAUCGUUUCAGAAAGAAGACAAUUAGUUAAAAAUCAAAGGAAAGUUGGCCUUUUUUGCCAUUGUACACGUCAGGGUGCGCCAUAAAACAAGCGUUCAAACUGAGAACUCAUGCAUUGAUUCUAAAUUAGGGAAGAUUUAUUUAGAAUUAAGCAGGAGGUCCACUUUAAUAGACUUAGUUGCAUUUGACCAGUGAAGUCUCUUGUAGGGGAUUACUACAUUGGUCACUGACCCGAGAUUUUUCCCUCAGGGCAACUUCAAGGUGUAAAAGGAAAGAAAACUAAUUACUUGUGGACUUUGAGUGCGUUAAAGUUAUUCUGGUGGGACAGAAGGCGAGAAUGAAAUGGAAAGACGGGAUGAUUUAGUAGAUAGACUCUGAGCAACUGAGCAAUUUCAAAAGAUUGACUGAUUCUGUGUAUGUAAAUAUUCAAUUAGUUUGUCACAUGCUCAUUUCACAUCCUCAGUGUCACCCAUUUUCAACUUACUGUGCCAAAAGACCUAAAAUAAUUUCUAUGUACCUUAAACGAAACCAUUUUUGUGUAAUAGGAGAAGGUGUUUAAGACAGAAAUACACUUCUGCAGAAAUGGAGCAUUUGUACACAGUAGAUUGCCCUGCAUGUUGUUUAGCAGCCUUUAAAAGUCCCAGCUGUGGAUUACAGUUUAGUAAAUCUGCUUUACUGUGCAAACAAACCCAUGCCUGUAAACUGAAAAUUAAAAAAAACAAACUCUUUAGGUACUGUUAAAUAUUUCUUUUUUGUAAUCUAGGUUUGACUAUUAUUUUACAGAUUAGUUUUCUGUAAAGCACUUUGAAUAAUUCAAACAAAUUUUAAAAACUACAAAAGUUAGUAAUGAAUAAUUGCAAACUUUAAACCUAUAUGUGCCAACGUUACUGUAUGUGUUAGCAUACAUAGCCCUACUAGAGGCUGUUGCUGCAGUUUCUGUGUUACUGCCUUCCUCUGGUAACUGGAGUAAAAUGUAUUGGUCUGUUGUGGUGAAGCCUUUGUGCUGAUAUUAGCUGGCGCUGGUGUAACUGGUAGUGGAAAAUAUUUUAGUAGCGACAUUAUUAAGUCAGACUUAGAAACGUGCUUCAGUAAGCAGAGUUUUUAAUGCACAAGAUAUUUGAAUCAGAUAUUCUGGGGACAAUCAUUAAAAAAGAUUUCAUUGACACAAUGUCAUUUUAGUUCAGUUUUAACCUUGGUAAAAAUGUGCUGAAAGUUUUUAAAAAACAUUAAUGUAAAAAAAUCUAACUUAGAUUUUUUUAUUUGCAUUCACCGAGUGGAGGGAACAAAACUCACAUUAGGAAUAAAUAAUUUCAAAAAUUACCACUGUCACAAUUAUUGGAACAACUAAAAAUUAUUUUAAAAAGAGAUAUAACACUGGUAUUUUUUUAAAUGUAUACUUUCCUUUUUUUUUUUUUUACUUUGAUCACUCACCUUCUGUUUCCAACGGAUAUAAAAGGACUGAACAGAGGCUCAUUUCUCUUAGCCUCUCUUCAAAAAAGGGAAGAUGGGAUAAAAUGCCUUUGUGGUAAGGUGAGGUAAUGACUGCUGAGCUUAAGCCAGAAAAGGGUUACAUGAAAACAGCUACUUCCAUCACUUCGCCCAUCUCUACAGUCAGAGCAAUAAAUAAAAGGUAGGAAACUGGAACUGUGACGAGGCAGGGCAAGGACUCAAAUUUAACGUGCCAACAUGCACGGUGAGGAGGAUUUCAAAAAAAAAAAAAGGUAGAGAACAUUUGGUUCACACAGUCUCCACACCAAGUGGUAUUUUUAAGGCUUUAUUGCACAUUUCUACCAGGGGUGCCACACAUCGGAGGGUACUGCAGUUGAUCUUUAAAGGACAAUCUUUAUCGGCUUUCUAAUUAGCUUACCUCCAACAUGACACAAUGGUUAAAUAAAUUAUGACUUAAAAUAUUGUUUUUAAAGAAGGAAUUCGGUGUCUCGCCCCAUUUCUCUCCUCUCUGACAGUAAGCUUCUACUAGACAUAAAAAAUCUAAAAGGUUUUGUUAGCAUUAGUGUGUAAAUUGCAAUUGUGUUGCCAAAAAUGCUAUUAAUGUGGCAUCUUCACACAUUGAAAUUAUUUAUUCUUUUAAAUAUAUACACUGUAUAUCCAUUUGUUUCUAAAUUACCAGCUGUGCUUUCACAGUAUAUAAAAUCUGGAAAAAUAUUUACGCGUGGUUAUUCAUGCCUUUUCUUUUUUUUUUUUUAAGUCAGUUUUCCACUACAACUUCCCCCUUCAGUUAGUGUCACUCUAAAGACCCCAUUUACUAUUCCACCGUGUAAUGUUCCACAUGAAUCAUAGACUGUCAUAUUUCCUGUGAAUGCCGUGUCUGAGAACUGAGGCCCGUCCCGUUUCCCACCACAGGUUUACAAAAACAGUCGUGUAGCUGAUGCGACAAGCGUAUGAAGCUGACCGUUUGAGCCUGUGACGACCAACAGUGGGCGAUUUCCACAGUGAGGAUUAGACGAGUGUCAGGAACUACAUUCUGUUGAAUCUCUAAAAUACUAUCUGCGCUGUUCCUCGUGUGUUCAGACAUGUUAUUUAAAGACAAACUCGAGUUGGAUCUACAACCACCUUUGUUCUGUGCUCUGCGUGUUUACAUGCCAUUUCUGUCAGUGUCUCCUUUAAACCCUUUAACACUUGGCCUUUGACACAAGCUGUCAAGUUUUUUUUGUUUUACAGUAUAUGCUAAAUAAUCCUUUGAAUUUAUUUUUUGUAUGCUUUUCUUACUUCAGGUGCUCUUUUGUAAAGCUUUGCAAGCACUCCAGUGAUAAAUUGUUCCGGCUGGUUAUUUUUAACCUGUUCGUUUCAGAAAAAUUGGAACAUUUUUUCCCCCUGUAUAACUAAGACUUAUUCUGAAUUUAUUACAGCCUUAAUUGAGGGCUACAUGCGGUACUUUGGUAUUUUUGGAGAGUCAUUGAACAGAAUUAGAACAUAUCAGUCACUGUGACUAAAACGUUCAAACUGAAACACAAACGCAGUGACUGGGAAACGUUGAUAAUGAUCAAUCUGGGGUUCAAAGGUGGGGUGAGUCUAAGGAGAUUGAUACUAACCAAAAAUGAUUUGAUAAUAUCCUCAGAUUUCUUAAAAAUCUUGUUUAACAAACAUUUUAGUUUAAACUUUCUAACUUAUUUAUAAUCUACAAAUUGAUUUAACCACAAUGAUAGAAAUCUGACACCAAAAGGAAAAUGUUCUUAACAAAAAGGUUGUUAUAAGUAAAUCAGGAAAGUAAACCUUAUUUUAAGACCUGCUAACAGAAGUUACACCAGUGUUUUAUAAAGACUAAACUCCGACCCUAAUUCAAACACCCACCUCCAAACAGGUUAAACUAAAAUUACCAAAUAAUGCUAAUAACAGCUUAUGGUUUUCUUUUCCCCCUUUGGCAAGUUUUAAUUUCUAUUUCCGAGUUUCCCCACCUCUAGUUGAUUUGUCACCUGAAUGUAAUUUUUUUUUAUCGUUAACUUGAUGAAUAAAUUCCCCACAGGCCUUUAACACAAUAAAGAGUAAAUAAACCUGGG